AUGGCGACUAGGCUCGCCCUUGCUGCAAUUCUGUUUACUAUCGUGGUUGCAGAAGAUGAGCCUCAGCCGGUCAACCAAAGCGAUUGCGGCUGCUACCUCAUCAACGGCUCGGUGCCUACAUACUACUCUCAGCGCAUGUUCUUUGACUUUCGCGACCUGGAGGCCAGUGUCAACGUGCCAGACCCGCUGGAUAGUGUGACGGCCAACUCGGACGCUUCGACGUCAAGCGACUACUUCGAGAGCGAGGGUUUUCUAGGCGUGUGGGAACUUCAAGGAUGGAGCCGUCACGUCGACCAUGACGGCAGCACGGUCACAAUGGUCAACACACCCAACAAUGUGUACAUUGAGGCCAAAGACGAUGACGAUGACGACGCUACUUCAGAUACCUUCCUCACCAUGCGUACCAAGCGCUUCCCCAAAUUUCAAACGGCAGCCGAGAUAAGCAGCAAUAGCGAUUACUUUUACGUGUCACUCCGCAUGCUCGCCCGCACCAUCGGGGCCCCAGGUGCUGUCACCGCCAUGUUCACCUACCGAGACUCCGACGAGCUUGCAAAUGUGCAAGAGUCAGAUAUCGAGAUCCUAACCAAAGGGCGCCGGGACAAGAUUCAGUACACCAACCAGCCCUCUUACUCUGAUGAUGGUGACGAAUUUCCCGAGGCGACGAGGAACGCAUCAACGCCCGGCAACCGCCUGUGGUCCGAGUGGAUGGUACACCGCAUGGACUGGACGCCCGACACGGUGAUCUGGUAUGUCGACGGGGAGGAGACGGCCAACAUUGAGUUUCAGACACCAACAGAUCCGUGCCGCGUCAUCUUCAACGCCUGGGGAAACGGUGGCAGCUGGAGCGGGAACAUGUCCGUGUACGACGAGGCCUAUCUUCAAAUACAGUGGAUCGAGAUGAUCUACAAUACGACGGAUGGUGUGGAGGCCAGCAAGAAGAGGUCUGCUUCUUUGUCCGUUCGGGACGAUGACGACGAGGGCUGCACCGCAGUGUGCAGUAUCGACGAGCGUGAUGAGGUGGGCGAGGUCAUGCUCUUGUGGGACAGUGGCGCACCUCGCAUGGGAAGUUGGGUCGGCGCAACAUGGGCUGCGUUUUUUACCGCCGUGGCCUUGAUACUUUUGGCUUGGUGA